AGUCAGGGUGAGGUUUACUUUCAGUGUAGCUUUAUGUUUAUUUUGUUUCGUUUCCAACGCAAGAAAAAUCUAAAACAAGCCGGGAAAAUCAUUAGAUAUUUUUGUGAAAAUGGUGAAAUGUGCGCUAAAAUCUUGUGGUAUUACGUCGCAUGCUAUUAGGAAUCUUCCGGAUUCCAUCCGCCUACACAGAUUUCCCAAAGAUGAGGCGAUGAGAAAGUGCUGGAUGCAGUUUAGCGACCGAGCCGAUCUGGCCGAUGCGAAAGAUGCCUAUCUAUGCUCGAAGCAUUUUGUGAGACAGGAUUAUGAAAACAUUUACAUGGAAGGAGCCCGCAAGAUACUUCGGAAAAAUGCUGUGCCAUCGAUAAGGGAACCACAUACGGAAGAUCAGUCAGAUUGCGGCUCACGUCAAGAUAGGUCCGAGAUCGUAUCGGAAUUACUACGGGAGCAUGGACAAUCUGUGGCACAAUACCCACUACUAAAAGUGGAAGAGCUCGAUAUUCCAGUAUCACCUGUUCGAAUCGAGGACUCUAACGAUGCAGGGUUUCCUUCCAAAGAAGGUGUUUAUGCUGUUGACAAAGGGUCUCUCAUGCAAACAGAGGAGCCCAUCCCAGAACCGGUUAACCGGUGCGUGGUGCCAAACUGUAAAAACAUUCUGCAGGAAUGGUUCGCACUGUUUCCCGAAAACGCCAGCCUGGUGUCUCGUUGGCGCGAAUGUAUCGAAGUUGGUGCCGGACACCUGCUGCCCAGCAUGGCACAACUUCGCAAGGAUGGCACAAUGCCAGUGGUUUGCAGUAUGCACUUUCUGGGAUUCGAUCCGAACGAUCCUCCGUGCUACCGUCAGCCGACGUUGUUCUUUAGGGAAGACAUUGUUGUGGAGGUAGAGCGUUGUUGUUUGUGCAACGGUAUGCACAUAAAAGAAACCAUGGUGGAAAAAGAUGCCACCUUUACCAAAAAAUUCACGCUCCAACAGCUUGCAACGUCUUACUUUGGUCCCACCUAUUUCGACGACAAUGCUACGGCCGAGUAUCUUUGCGAAGAAUGUAUCGUGAAACUGGAUAUGACGUUCAAAUUUCAAAGGCAGAUAAUUGCUGCAAAUCAGCAUCGAGGUGUCUUACGGUACAGAAUGACAAAGGAAAGAAUUGCUUUCCAACAGAAUCGUUUUGAACAAGGCGUGGUUCUACCAGAUCAAACAGUAGCAGAUAUUGUUGUGGAAAAUUCGCUUGCAUUCGAAGUCGAUAUUUUAUCAAGCGAAAGUGAAAACGAACUAGAGGAACAACAUCCUGCUUCCCCCUCCACGAUAGAGAACCAACCUAGAAGUAAAUACAGCCUCAAUCCGGAAGCAAAGCGCAAAUUGGAACAGUCACGUCUGACGUGUUUUCUCUGUAAAACUAUCUACGAGUCUUCCCCCUUGCUUCUAAGCCACCUGAUGAUGACACACGUUGAAGGAGAGUUUCAAUGCUCAGAGUGCAAUGUGUCCUUCAAGGCUUCGCCCGAAUUGAACGCUCAUCUAGCGAGGCAUGACCCGGAAAGCCGACCAUUCAAAUGCGGUCACUGUCCACUGCGGUUCUCUAGGGAUAGCGGUAGAAGCAAACAUGAAGCGAACCACCACGUAGCUGGAAACGUACCAAAAGUGAAGAAACCUAGGGCGAAGAAAUUCGUGUGUCCCGAUUGUGGUAAGACCUUCCGAGAUCGGACGAGUAUGAACCGGCAUGAACAGUUCCAUCACAAAGGAAUACCGGUCGCGCACUGCAAUGUCUGUUUAAAACCGUUUGCGUCAAGACGAAAUCUUAAGAGACACUUGCAGCUAGUGCAUCGCGGAGAACGACCUUACCAGUGUAAGUACUGCCAAAACACCUACAAACAAUCCCAAGAAUUGCUGGACCAUGUUAACGAGAACCAUCGGGAGGAAAAAUUAAAAGAAGAAAACAGUCAAAUCGAUGCACCUCCCAGUUACAUCUGUAACGUUUGCAACGAAAUGUUCGUAUCGCGACGGUUAUUGUCCUUACACAAAAGAAAACAUUCUACGCCAGUCUCUUCAGAAACAAACCCAACCAACGUCCUAGUUCGGCGAAAUGGGGGAGAAUCCAGUAAUCAAAUUGUCUGUAAACUUUGUGAAGCUAUGUUCCCUAAGGGAACGGAAAUCAUCGAACAUUUCAAAACGGAUCAUCCCGAUGUAACGUUUGAGUACCAUCCCUGUAGCGAAUGCGGAGAAAUUUUCUUUAACAAACACCAAUAUCUGGUCCACUCGUACAGACAUACGAACAAAUACGCUUGUGAUCAAUGUGGCAAACGGCAUAAUUCCUUGCUAAGGCUUCAGAUGCACAAGAACGUUCGCCAUGGAGUGCCACUAGCCGGAGAGUUUCUCCGGGAAUGCCCGCACUGCCACAAGAAAAUCGCCAAAGGAACCUACUAUUCGCGGCAUAUAAAAACGCACUUUGAAAACCAAUGGCCAUGCGAAGUUUGCGACAAAAGCUACCUGCAAAAGUGGCAGCUCAACGUCCAUAAGCGAACCCAUACGGGCGAGAAGCCACUGGUUUGUGCAGGUUGCGCUGCAAAGUUCAGCGAUCCGACCACGUUCUGCAAACAUAAAAAGAACUGCCCCAACUUCAAGAACAGGAAAAGUGAUAUGAGCUUACAGUGAUAGAAUAUGAAAUAUACUAAAUGUAGAUUCAUCCAAUGGUAUCGAUAGGUAUCGAUAAUUCUGGAUUUUAUUGAAUUUUAAGGUGAAACUGUACCUUGAAUUGUCUAGACUAGAGUAUAAAUCAGAAGAGCCAAAUGAUAGUUUGCACUGAAUCACCAUUAGGAAUCUAAUCGAUCAACUUUUUUGGGCGAACCUUAACAAGAAAUAUGUUUGCUCUUGAAAAUUACAGGUAAAGCUUCCCUAUCUUCAUAAGGGAUUCUAAAAAAAUCACUGUUCUGCAAAAAAAAAAUCAUUAUGAAUACAAUACGUUUUGGUUAGAUAAGUUGUGCAAAGAUAAAUUUGAAAUUAUACAAUGAGAUACUAGAUGACGCCUUUGAUGAUUCUCAGAGCAUAUUUUUCAUAAAAUUUCUCAAAAUUUAUAGUGAAAAUCAUAGAAACGUUUCUUAUAUUGGUCAAGAAUAUUGAAAUUUCUGUUAAAAUUCUGGUACAAUCUUUGACAAAAAUAAAACAUUUCCUUGAAUGUCCUGGUCAAAUUCUUUUAAGAAUUUCUGGAGCACUUCUGUGAACAUUUUAGUAUAUUCGUCGUCUUUUUCUAUACUAAUGUAUUUCGGCGUUUAUCUAUAUCAUAUUUUCAAACCACUUUCAGAGGAUAUCCGGGAAGCUAGACUUCCGAAAGGUUAAGUGAAUUUCUUUCGUUUUGCAUUGCAAAAUCCAACCUUAAAACUAUGUAAGACAUCUUAAAAAUGUUCUUGGAGAUGUAAGAAUUCCCAAAGAAAUCCCAGAAGACUAUCUCAAUGGAUUCCAGUGUCAGUGGAAAGAAAAAAAAACUUCCUUCCCUCGAAGAAAUUAUGCGGCAUAAUUCACCUACAGCUUUAGUAAAAUUUCAAAGCAGUAUCUGCUAGAUUUCUGGUGAAAAUGUAGAUAUUUUUUAUGAGAUUUUUAUUAAUUUCUCCGCGAUGUAGUGAAAGUUUCCAACUGAUUGUUUUGUUUUCUGCUAGUAGAACCAAGAUGUCCUUUUACUUACCUUGAGUAGAACCCUAGAAGAAAUUUUUGAUGAGUUUUCGAAGGGGUUUUACAACAUUGACGAAAUGGUACCUUUUGUUGAAUUUUCGAUGGAUUCUUUAAUUUCUGUAUGUUCCGGAUUUUUUUUAUGUUAAAGUAAAUACAUAUUGUUUUUCCAUUUUAAAUCGGAUUUGACUGUUUUUUUAAUUUAGAUUGAAAAGUAGCCCAUCAAAUUAAAAUCUCUAUAAUAAAUAACAAAGUAAUAAUGAUUGAAAAGGAAUAGGUAUGAAGUUCUUGCAAGAUUAACUGCAUGAAGCUCAGCUACAGACAUAGCCAUACAACAUAAAGAAUUUAACCCUAGUAAGAUGCUCAAUAUGUCCCAGACAGGCACGCUGAACGUGCACUACGUCAUCGUGGUACGAAAAUCCUAACAUCUUAGGAGAGUUUGGUUGUUUCGUUAUAAUUCCAAAUAAGCUAACAACGAGUGAUAUAAGUUAAGCUACAGCAUUAUUAUUUCCUUAUUAAAUAAAAAUAUAAGCUGCAAAUGAUAAAUGCUAUGACCCAGUUACUGUUUGAUUUAUUGUUUUAAAAACUGCUUGACUCACAAAACUUUCUACAUAAACUCUGUUCUGUGGCAAACCAUGAAAUCAUAACUUUAUUAAAGUCUUACUUUUUGAAUACAUAUUGUAUCAAAUACA